CAUGUACAGUAAAUAUAGUGGUAAACAAUGAAGAUAGAGUGAAAAAAGGCUCUUCUGGCUAAAUGUUGAUCAUUUUUGUUGCUAUGCCCUCUUUUGACAAUCUACACACCUCCAAAUUAUGACACUUUAACCCACAGACAAGACUUCAGCAAACUCCAGACUAAAAUACAUGUUUGUGCCGUCUUAACUGAAAACAACUUACUCUGACUGAUCUUAAAAUAUUUAUGUGCCGUUGUUUUGUAUCGUACUGCACACCAGUAGACUCCUGAGACAAAUUUAAACUAAAAGAUACUUAAAUGUCAUCAUUAACUAAAGUUUAUUCCUGACUAAAUCUCUGUCUGUUAAACCAGGCCAUGUCUUUUUAAACAUUAUAGAAGCUUAUGCUUGUUUUAAUGCAUUCAUUUAAAAUUGUGUAUAAUCAAUUAUCUAUAGUUUAAACUUCUAUUUACUUUUUUCUUUUUCAAAUGUGAAUUGUAUGUGUAAAUAUCUCACCACUAGAGGACAAACACUUAUACUGGCUUUAAUGUUGAAUCAGUUUAGUGACACAAAUAAGAGAGAUUUGAUCUGUUAUUCUCUUAUUUCACCACAAAAUUCACUCAUAUUUAUGCAUUUAUGGCAGAGCAUUUUCACAAAGGUUUGGCUACUCGAGACUGUGACUUUCUGUAUGAGACUGACAUCUAGUGGACAUGUUUAUUAUAUGACUGACACACCAGUUUGCACAUGUUUCAAACACAACCAGGAAAUAGUUUGAGUUCAGAGAAACUGAAACUGUUGGGCUGUUGUUUAUUUCUUUCUUUCUGUGAGUACAUACAGUGAAAUGGCAGAAGCCAGUAUUUUAGUGGAUCAGGAUCAGUUCAUCUGUUCAAUCUGUCUGGAUCUACUGAAGGAUCCAGUGACCAUUCCCUGUGGACACAGUUACUGUAUGAGCUGUAUUACAGACUGCUGGGAUCAAGAUGAUCAGAAGAGAAACUACAGCUGCCCUCAAUGCAGACAGACCUUCAAUACAAGACCUGUUUUAAAUAAGAAUGUGGUGUUUGCUCAGAUGGUAGAGAUACUAAAGAAUACACUACUCCAGAUUGAUCGACCUUCACCCAGUUAUGCUGGACCUGGAGAUGUGAAAUGUGACGUCUGUACUGAGAAAAAACACAAAGCUGUCAAGUCCUGUCUGGUGUGUCUGAACUCUUACUGUCAAAAUCAUCUUGAACAACAUGAGAAUUUAUUCAAAGGGAAGAGACACAACCUGAUAGAUGCCACUGGACGACUUCAGCAGAUGAUCUGCCCUCAACAUGAGAAACUUUUAGAGAUUUACUGUAAAACUGAUCAGCUCUGUAUAUGUUAUCUGUGUAUGGUGGAUGAACACAAUGAACAUAAAACUGUAUCAGCUGCAGCAGAGAGGACUGAGAAACAGAAAGAACUGAAGGAGACGCAGAGAAAAUACCAGCAGAGAAUCCAGGAGAUUCAGAAGAAGCUUCAGGAGCUGAGAGAUGUUGUGGAGACUCAUAAGCGCUCUGCACAGACAGCAGUGGACGACACUGAGAGGAUCUUUACUCAAAUGAUCACAUCCAUUGAGAGAAGACGAUCUGAGGUGACACAGCUGAUCAGAGAUCAGGAAAAGACUGCAGUGAGUGAAGCUAAAGGACUCUUGAAGCGACUGGAGCAGGAGAUUGAUGAUCUGAGGAGGAGAGACGCUGAGCUGGAGCAGCUUUCACACACAGAUGAUCACAUCCAUUUCCUCCAGAGUUUUCAGUCUCUCUCUGUUCCUCCUGGAUCUUCAGACUCACUCAGCAUCACUGUCAGCUCUCUCAUCUCUUUUGAUGAUGUAGGAAAAUCUGUGUCUCAUCUGAGAGAGAAACUGAAGGAUUUCUGUAGAGAAGAGAUAGAGAAGAUAUAUGAUAAAGUUACUCCUGAACCUGAGACCAGGGAGCAGUUCCUAAAAUAUUAUCAUCACUUCACUGCAGAUCCAAACACAGCAUAUAAACGUCUCUGUCUGUCUGAGGGAAACAGAGUGAUUACUUACACUGACACAGUCCAGCCGUAUCCUGAUCAUCCAGACAGAUUUGAUGGUUGGUGUCAGGUGUUGUGUAGUGAGAGUGUGAGUGGACGCUGUUACUGGGAGGUUGAAUGGAGUAGUGAUGUGUUAAUAUCAGUGUCAUAUAAGAGCAUCAGCAGGAAGGGAGAGGGUGAUGAGUGUGUGUUUGGAUUUAAUGAUCAGUCCUGGAGUUUGUUCUGCUGUGACUCCAGUUGUUCAUUCAGGCACAAUAACAUUAAUACUAAACUCCCUGUAGUGUCCAGAUCUUCUAGAAUAGGAGUUUAUGUGGAUCACAGUGCAGGAUCUCUGUCCUUCUACAGCGUGUCUGACACAAUGACCCUCAUCCACAGAGUCAACACCACAUUCACUAAACCUCUCUAUCCUGGGUUUUGGGUUAAUAGAUCAGUGAAACUGUGUGAUAUAACAAUAGAUGAUACAGAGAUUGUCAUAGAAGUUUAAAAUUAAUGAUGAAUCAACAACUAUGAAGUGUCAAGCAUAAUAUUUCUAAUCAAUUUAUUAUUAUUGAGUUUCCCACUGUAAGUUUCUAGAUUUUACAUGUACAUAUUCCUUAACAUUGAUGUGUUCUUGUCAGCAUAAAUUUAUUAUUUAAGCAUUUUGUCGUUUGCCUCUAGAGGGUGCUAAAGUUUAAAGUAAAAUAUUAAAUCCUU